CGUGUGGCCGAGCUAUUUAUUUAAAUUGCAAAUAAAGCGCCUCAGCGCCUGCCCCUGACGGGGAGAGACAGCCCAGGUGCUGCACCGGGCGGGCGUAAAGCCUGCCCCGCGGGGCUGGCAGCGACCAGCCUCAUGGCCGGAGAGGUGGCCCCGGCUCCCGGGGCUCUGCUCUGCAGCCUGCUGUGGGCAGCGGCGGCGGCGGCAGCAGCAACGGCGAUGGGGGGCGGCCCCGUGCCCGGCGCCUUCGGCCGCGUCUACCGGGGCGCCGUGAACAUCAGCGCGGAACGAGUCUACGCUUUCGCCUACAGCAGCGAGCCCGGGCAGGUAGAUGCAGUGCGGGUGUAUGUGAACAGCAGCUCUGAGAACCUCCGAUACCCGGUCUUGUUUGUAGUUCGCCAGCAGAAAGGAGUGCUGUCAUGGCAGGUCCCACUAAUUUUUCGAGGCCUUUAUCAGAGAACCUACAAUUACCAAGAAGUGAGUCGGACCCUCUGUCCGUCUGAGCCAACACCUGAGACAGCACCCUCUAACCAGAUUAUAUUUGUGGAUGUUGCUUCCAUGGCACCAUUUAAUAUUGCGUAUGAGCUGCUAGUCACCAGGCUCGAGAGCUUCCAACUUGAGACCAACAAAGCCUUUAACUUCACUGCCAGCCCUUCCCAGCCCCAGUAUUUUCUGUACAAGUUUCCUCAGGACGUCGAUUCAGUCAUCAUUAAAGUGGUGUCUGAUGCAGUCUACCCGUGCUCGGUUGUCUCUGUCCAGGAUAUUGUGUGCCCAGUGUAUGACCUGGACCAUAAUGUGGAGUUCAACGGUGUUUACCAGUCCAUGACAAAGCAGGCAGCUAUAACAGUGCAGAGAAAGGACUUCCCGGGUGAGCAGUUCUUUGUUGUGUUUGUCAUCAAGCCAGAGGAUUAUGCCUGUGGGGGCUCUGUGCCUUCUUCCAUUCAUGGGAAUGUCAACCGUACCUGGAACCUGCAGCGGACAAAGAACCUCCAAGUGACGAUUAUGCCCUCUAUUAAAAAGUCUGUUUACAUUCAGGCUAUGUUCUUCAGCUUCCUGAGUUUCCUCUCCUUUUACCUGGGCUCAGUGAUUGUUGCUUUCAUCCACUACAUCAGGGUUCGAAGGAAGGCUUCAGCUGGGAGACUGAGUCCUGAGGAUGGAUCUGGAAUUAUGACGUCUUCCCACCCCAUCACAGCCAGCACCCCUGAGGGAAGCAGCUAUGGUGCUAUCGACGAGUCGAGCUCCAGUGGUGGACAUCAGUUGUCUUCUCCCGAGCGCAGGCCAGCAGCUGGCUCUGACACAGACAGCUCUGUGGAGGAGGAGAGUGACUUUGACACCAUGCCAGAGAUCGAGAGCGAUAAGAACGUCAUCCGCACAAAGGUGUUCCUUUACCUAUCUGACUUGUCCAGGAAGGACCGAAGGAUUGUCAGCAAAAAAUACAAAAUCUAUUUCUGGAACAUCAUCACCAUUGCAGUAUUUUAUGCCCUGCCAGUCAUCCAGCUCGUCAUCACUUACCAGACGGUAGUGAAUGUGACAGGCAAUCAAGACAUCUGCUACUACAACUUUCUGUGUGCUCACCCCCUUGGGGUGCUGAGUGCUUUCAACAACAUCCUCAGCAACGUGGGCCAUAUGCUGCUGGGCUUUCUCUUCCUCCUCAUUGUGUUGCGCAGGGACAUUCUCCACCGUCGGGCCAUGGAGAUGAAAGAUAUCUAUACUCUGGACUAUGGGAUCCCAAAGCAUUUUGGUCUCUUUUAUGCUAUGGGCAUUGCUCUGAUGAUGGAAGGGGUGCUCAGUGCCUGUUACCACGUCUGCCCUAAUUACUCCAAUUUCCAGUUUGACACCUCCUUCAUGUACAUGAUCGCAGGACUGUGCAUGCUCAAGCUGUACCAGACCCGCCACCCAGACAUCAAUGCCAGUGCCUACUCUGCCUACGCCUCAUUUGCUGUGGUCAUCUGUCUGGCUGUCCUUGGAGUGGUGUUUGGGAAGAAUGACAUGUGGUUUUGGGUCAUUUUCUCACUGAUCCAUGUUUUGGCCUCGCUGGCUCUCAGCACCCAGAUCUACUACAUGGGCCGCUUCAAGAUGGACUUGGGGGUAUUCCGACGGGCAGCGAUGGUGCUCUACACGGACUGUAUCCAGCAGUGCAGCCGACCAAUGUACAUGGACAGGAUGGUGCUCCUCAUUGUGGGAAACCUGGUCAACUGGUCCUUUGCUAUCUUUGGGCUGCUGUACCGGCCCAGAGACUUUGCCUCCUACAUAUUGGGGAUCUUUAUCUGUAACCUGUUGCUGUAUCUGGCUUUCUACAUCAUCAUGAAGCUCCGCAGCUCUGAGAAGCUCCUGCCUAUCCCUCUGUUCUGCAUCGUGGCCACGGCAGUGGUGUGGGCAGCCGCCCUCUACUUCUUCUUCCAGACCCUCAGCAGCUGGGAGGAGACUCCAGCAGAAUCCCGGGAGAAGAACCGGCCGUGCAUCCUGCUGGGCUUCUUCGAUGACCAUGAUGUCUGGCACUUCCUCUCUGCAGCUGCCUUGUUCUUCUCCUUCCUGGUCCUGCUGACCCUGGAUGAUGACCUGGACGCGGUGCGCAGGGACAAGAUCCCAGUGUUCUGAGUCCCUGGAGGAUGGGGGCACAAGGGGCAUCCCAAACUGCUCAGCCAAAGGCAGCGGGCCACUGGCACCUAUGUGGAAUGAGCCUGCUUCCAUGGCCACCAACCCCAUGGGGGCAGGGGAGCCAGGUCCCACGGCUAGUGCAGAGGGGGACAGGGAGGGAAGACAGUGCUUGCUCUUCCUUUCCUACUGCAGCCUGUGGGGUGGGCAGGUAUGGCCCCGGGGUCAGGGCACAGCAUGCUCGGCUUGGGUAGAUGCAGCGGGUGCUGGAGACGGUGAAGAGGGAGGAGAGAGGAGGUGUGUUGGAGACCUUUGCUUCCCUUCCUCCCUGCUGAUGUGCUCCGCUUCCUCUCUGGUGAGCAGGCUGGAGAAGUGCCAUUCAGCAGCUGGUGCCUGCAGGCUGCUGCCCUCAGAGAGUCCCCUCAGCAGCACAGCUCCGGAGAGCAUUUGGUUCCUGUCCUGCAGUCACCGAGGGAGUGAAAGACUCCACACUGUGGUGGCAGUGGGGGGACUGUUUACUUUUGUUGUUGUUGUUGGAGAGGCUCUUCCUGUAGCUGGUGGAGAGCCACGACGGUAACAAGAAACUGCGGUGUUGCGAGCGAGAUGGUGAACCAUGACUGCUCUGCCAGAGGCAGAGCUCAUGCCUUGCUCCUGCAGCCUCCCUCGCUUGCUUGUGUUGAACAGCCUCACUUCUCUCUGGUGCCUCCAACAUAAGCACUUGUCAGCAUGAUGGUCUCCACAGUACCAGAAGAGCUGUCCUCAUGCAACUUUGAGAGACAGUGCAUUGAAACCACAGCUUUGCACACUGGGCAGCUCCUUGACUCCUGCCACGUGGCCUUGCUAAAGGGACAGGGUGGAACCAGCAGCCUCAGACUUUCUCCUCCCACAAGCUUGCUUUGGGCUAACUUGGCAAAGCAGGUUCCCGUGCAGGCUGGGAGCAUGGAGGAGGUUCUGAGGAGGUUGGGGUUGAGCUCUUUAGCUAAAGAUGCAGACCAAACUUCAUUCCUCUCCAACUUUUCUGCAUCUGAAAUAAGUUUUUAAAUGGCUUCUGCAUUCUCCUUGAAUUUUUAGCUAUUUAAAAAACAAGAUGUGAAUGAUUUUCAGGACUUGCAUCUAAA